AUGACCACGCCCCAGGACCUCCGCGUCGGCAACAAAUAUCGCAUCGGCCGCAAGAUCGGCUCCGGCUCCUUCGGCGACGUCUACCUCGGCACGAACAUCAUCUCGGGCGAGGAGAUCGCCAUCAAGCUCGAGAGCGUCAAGGCGAAACACCCGCAGCUCGAGUACGAGGCCAGGGUCUACAAGUCGCUCGCCGGCGGCGUCGGCAUCCCGUUCGUGCGGUACUUUGGCGUCGAGAGCGACUACAAUGCCAUGGUCUACGACCUGCUGGGCCCCAGCCUCGAGGACCUCUUCAACUUUUGCAACCGCAAGUUCUCGCUCAAGACGGUGCUGCUGCUCGCCGACCAGCUGCUGUCGCGUAUCGAGUACGUGCACGCCAAGUCGUUCCUCCACCGCGACAUCAAGCCGGAUAACUUCCUCAUGGGCAUCGGGAAGCGCGGGAACCAGGUGAACGCUAUUGAUUUCGGCCUCGCGAAGAAAUACCGCGAUCCGAAGACCCAUUUCCAUAUCCCCUAUCGGGAGAACAAGAACCUGACCGGCACCGCGCGCUACGCGUCCAUCAAUACACACCUCGGCGUUGAACAAGCCCGUCGCGAUGACAUGGAAUCCCUCGGCUACGUGCUUCUCUACUUCAGCCGCGGCUCGCUCCCCUGGCAAGGCCUCAAGGCGGCGACGAAGAAGCAGAAAUACGACCGCAUCAUGGAGAAGAAGAUGACGACGCCCACCGAGAUUCUCUGCCGCGGCCUGCCGCACGAGUUCGCCAUCUACCUCAACUACACGCGCUCGCUGCGCUUCGACGACAAGCCCGACUACAGCUACCUGCGCAAGCUGUUCCGCGACCUCUUCGUCCGCGAGGGCUUCCAGUACGACUACGUCUUCGACUGGACCGUCUACAAGUACCAGAAGAACACCCAGGCGGCCCAGGCCAUUGCCGAGGCGGCCAAGGACACCACCGCCGCCGCCGCCCCCAAGCCUUGA